AUGUUUGCGGUCUGUACAACGUGUCAUUGUCCAUUGACGGCUGUGAAGCCAAUGCGGACAGACAUAUUUAUAUUUUAUUUAGAUGACCCAAACUUAGUGACAUAGAGUUAAGUGAUAGAUUAAACAUAAAAGAAAUUGUGACUGAAAAUAUGAACUAAAUAAGACAAAGAAUAAUACAUGGUACAAAUAAACGUUCAAAAUAUAAAUAUUAUGCAAAAUGGAUAAGGAUUUACGUAAAAUGUCUACGGAAAAAAGCGCAAUGGUAACUCAGAAAUAUCAGAAAGUUACAAAAUUAAUACCCCCCGAUGGAGGGUGGGGGUGGAUGGUCCUAAUAGGAGCAGCACUUUCUAAUAUAUUCAAUCAAUCGAUGCUGUCAUUAUUUAGUUUAUUAUAUGGGGAUGCAUUAGAAGCCAUGGGUCAUCGAACCCAAGGUGCUGCUGUGGUAUUGAGUACAAUGUUAUUUGUCACCAAUUUUGGGGGGCCAAUAGCGGGCGCCAUUAUAAAGGUGACGUCACCGAGAACCGUUGCUGUGAUUGGCGCAGUCUCCUGUACAUCAGGAAUAUUUUUAAGUGGAUUCUCAACUAAUAUAGUGCAUUUGACUUUAACUUAUGGUGUUUUAUUAGGAUUAGGUCUAGGGUUCAUUCAAAACUCAUCGUUUGUGGCUAUAAAUGCGUAUUUUAAGUUAAAGAAGAGUAGAGCGGUGGGUUUAGCCAACGUGGGCACAGGUGUCGGCCAGACAUUGAUGCCCCACUUAGUGCGGUACCUUCUGGAAAAUUACGGCUUCCAAGGAGCCUGUUUGAUCUUGUCCGGCCUCAGCCUUCAUGGCAUCGGGGGUGUUUUGUUAAUCCAGCCAGUAGAAUGGCACAUGAAAAAAGUAGAAGAAGAAGUACCUUUAGACGAGAAUCUGCAUUUAUUAGAAGACAAACAUAAAAAUAUAGUUAUAAGAAGAGAUUCUAAGGCGUUUGGAGAAUUGAAAAAUAAUGGAAGGCGAGCAACUGAGCCAACUUUGAACGGAAAUGACAAAGAAAAUCUGAGCAUAGUGAACAAGAAAAGCGAAAGCCAUAAAGAAUUGAAUGGUGAAAAACUCGCAUUGUCCAAAGCAAACGGUAUUGAUAAAAAAGGAGAUAAGCCGAAGAAAAGUGGGUUACUGCACAAAAUUUACGUUCUAUUCGAUAUAUCGCUUUUGUCAAGCCCUCGUUUUUUAAAUAUCCUAUUCGGCACAGCCCUAGCUGUUACCUCUAUACAAAACUUCAGUAUGCUGUACCCACUGUUCUUACAGAAAGCAGCGAUGUUAGAUAAAGAAAAGACAGCAAUAUGCAUGUCAGCCGUGGCAGCGGCGGAUAUCGCGGGCCGCCUCAUCCUGCCGAUAUUCCAGGAUAAGUUCAGGAUUAAGGCCAGGUGGAUGCUCAUCAUGACGUGCGUUUGGCUCAUCGUUGCUAGACAGAUAUUGGCGUAUCAAUCGGAACUGACGGUUUUAAUCAUGAUGUCCAGUUUUUACGGGUUUGGCAGAAGCAUGAUCAUAGUAGCCAGAAAUAUUGCUAUAUCCGAAAACUGCCGAAUGGACCAGGUGCCGGCCGCGGUGGGCCUGGGUAUGUUGACUAUGGGGCUCAUUGUGCCACCAGCAGGCUAUUUCUUAGGAUGGGUAAGAGAUUAUACUGAGAGUUACAUCAUCUGCAUCACAGCGCAAAAUAUACUUCUAGUCAUACUAUUAAUAAUGUGGAUACCCGAUAUGCUGCUAUUGCACAUGCAAGAAAGAAAAAAGAAGAAAAAACUUGAAGAAAUUCAAAUGUCUUAGUAUUAGUGUUAAGUAAACAAUGGACUCGAUAUAGUAAAUAAUUUCUGUGCUGUUAAGAGAUGUGAAUGACAAAAACUAUAAUUAACCUAAGAAUUUGUAAGGCUGUGAGUGCAAAUUUAUGUGCACGUUUAAGUGAUACCAGUAAGCAGUUAAUAAUAGUAAGUAAUUAGUGAAAUAUAAUGUACUCGAGAGAACAAAAACUAUAUAUGUCCCAGUUAUGUGAAAUAAUGGUUAGUGUAAUUACGCGAACUAGUCUAAUAAACAAUGUAUUUUUACCUUC